UGCACUUCUGCCAUGCAACCGUUGACGUCCUUUUGGACGUCGUUCAUUGAUAAUACUACAACACUUUCAGUAACAGUGAGUUUGAGAAAUUGUGCGGUAUAUUUACAAACCUUUUUGGUUUUGUUACGUGUUUAAAGCAAUAAUGAAACCGUCCUUGGACUCUGACGAGGAGGAGGAAUUAGGAGCAUUGCAGAAGACAUUGAGAGAGCGAGCCAACCGCAGUAUCCAGCACCUCUCCAGCAUGCUGGCCAGCCACAGCUCUGACUCUGAGUGUUCAGAACCAAAGCAGCAGCAGGAGAAGCUCAGUCCUCUGCUGCAAAUCCCUCCUAUACAGGUUCAACAGAGUGAAGCAGUCAGUCAGCUGCGUUCCUUACUUCAAAAGCAGUCCAAAGAUGCAAAUGUUGCAUCCCCAUCUCCUUCCAAGAGGAAAUUAACUGGAAAGCAAAGAGCCACAGAUGAGGGCAAUAGCAGUUUGCCUGGUGUUCACGACUUGGUUCCCAUCAUCCACAAUCAGUCUGAGUACAUUCAGCACCUGGAGGCUGAGGUGAAGUUCUGCAAGGAUGAACUCCUUGGAAUGAAACAGAGAGUGAGAGUGGUGAUUGUGGAGAAUGAGAAAUUACACGAGGAGCUGAAAGCAAAGGCGGUUGAAGAAACUCUUAAAGAAUACACAUUUGUAGACAGCACCUUAAACAUGGAGCGCACACCAGAAAAGACUUCAAAGCAAAAACUUGACUCCAUUAAUCAAGCUGAGGACCACAAAUGGAAGAAAGAAAUGGAACAGCUGAAGUGUCUCUAUCAAGCACAAACCGAGACCCUGGAGGCUCAAGUGGUCUCCCUGAAGAAAGACUUGGUGAGCAUUCAGAAGGAAUAUGAGGAAACGAAAGAACGACUGAGGCACAAAGAAGCAAUGGCUGUGGCGGCGGGCAGUGGUCAGCGUGUGGGUGGUCUGUGUCUGAAGUGUGCCCAGCAUGAAGCAGUUCUGGCAGAGACACACUCCAAUGUUCAUGUACAGAGCAUUGAAAGACUUACUAAAGAGCGGGAUGAGCUGAUGACCGUGCUUUGUUCUCUGAGGGCCAGUCAGACUGAGGCCCAGCAGAGAGAAUGGGCCGCCUAUCAGCAGGUCAAACAGGCAGUGGAGAUGGCAGAGGAGGCAAACCUGGAGAAGACACGAGCGUUGGUGCAGUGUGAGCACUUCCACAGUGAGCUGACUAGACAGAGGGAGAGGCUGGAGAGAGAGCUGGCAUCUGAACAGGAGAAGAUCUCCCAGGCCAGGGAGGCAGCGCGUUUAGAGAGCAAGAAAGAGAAAGAAGAGCUCGCCCAGACAGUGACCAGUCUCUCUCAGAGAGUGGCUGAAUUGGAGGGUCUGCUGGAGAGGGGAGAGAGAGACCGGAACUCACUCAAUAGCCAGCUGGAGGAAGCUUAUAAGAAGCUUACAGCACAGGAAACGGACAGCAGCAAGGUGUGCGCGGAGCUGCGUUUUCUGUUGAGCCAGGCCCAGCUGAAGAAAGAGGAGUCAGAGAGAGAGGUGAGAGACAUCAGCUCCAAACUGGGACGUCAACUAGAACUGGCUGAGCAGGAAGUACAGAAGUUGGGUGUGGAGCUGAACGGUUGCCGGCAGCGUUUGGAGGAGGCCCAGAGGGCAGAGGGCCGAGCCCGGGCGGAGGCAGCCGGCCUGGCUGAGGGGCUAAGCCGCGCCCAGCGCCAACUGCACCUCACCAGGCAGGAGAAGGAGGCGGUAGAGCGCUGCUGUGGAGAGGACAUGGCCGCUCUGACCUUCCAGGCACAGCGGCGCGAACGUGAGCUGACACAGACGCUCCAGCAAAUGGAGGCGCAGCACGAGAGGAGUGUCAGAGAAACAGAUGCUCUUCUGAGUGCUCAGAACGGCCUGAUUGGGAAACUGAAGGAGGAGUGUCAGACGCUCGGGGCAAAGCUGGAGGAACUGGCCCAGAGCAGCAGAGCAGAGAUCGAGCAGUUGUCUCUGGAGAAAGAGCACCUGCAGGAGAGUGCUGAGAAACUGCGAGGUCGUUGUGAAGAGAUGGAAGAGCAGUGUGUGCAACACGGGAGGAUGCACCAGCGCAUGAAGCAGAGACUGCAGCAGCUGGACCAGCACUGUCAGGCCAGUUCUCAGCAGGUGCUGCAGCUCCUCAGCCGACAGAAGCAGCUCAUGCAGGAGCGCCAGCAGCUCGCUCACGACAUGCACAACCUGCAAGCCCAGGUGCAUGUUGAGAAGAGAAUGGACACGCUGGCUGUGUGAGGGCCGUCUCCAUGAGGUCAUGUGAUCAGUCAUGAAGCGAGAACCGAUCACUGUGACACAUUCCAUAUAACUACACAAUGAAAUGCAAUAAGAGGAGUCAAAAGUCAAAGUUUACUUAUUUUAAAUAAAAAGCAUACAAGGAAAUGUGGCUUCAUAACUGGACAUGAUUGAAAAGCUGUGAAUGAAUCUUGUAUUUUUAAUUUGUUAUAUGUCUUUUGUAUUUAUUUUAUCAAAGAUACCAAUUAAAAAAAUAAAACUC